AUGCAUCUACCGACUGCAAUCCUAACUGUUCUCUUUUCAUACCUUCCCGCAAGCAUCGCUUCGACCGAAAUAAAGCCACCUCCCAAACCGUGUACAAUUCAUUCGCCUUCCACCGGUUCAUUCUUCGAUCUGCGCCCUCUACAAUUGAAGAUUGACGGCACGAAAUACCAAGUCGCCAGUAAUGAAUCCUAUCAUGUCAAAGGCUAUGACUAUCCCUACAACUUCACCAUGAACUUCUGUGGCCCGGUGGUGGAACCAUUGGACGAGGUGGAAGGUAUCCCGACGACCACCGUGGCCAAUGUGUCAGCGUUUUACAAGGAUGCGCGUGGAGAUGUAUACAGUAUUGGUCAAGAAAAUGAUGAACCCAUAUUCCGGGGCAGGAAACUCCUGAUGAACUACACCAUGGGCUCGCCUUGUCCGGACCUUGACGAAGAUGGCUUACCCCUAGAGCCGGAUACCAUGUCGAAUCGAGAUCGUAAACGACGCAAAUCAACUCUCCUUUCGUUCAUUUGCGACACUUCUCCUCUCCUCUCUACACGCCCAGCUAUCUCAUUCCUCGGAACCCCCGACCAUUGUACGUAUGUCUUUGAAGUCCGAUCUCGCUAUGCGUGUGGCGGAACGACGCAAUCGGGUGAAAAAGGCACCUUGGGGCCUGGCGGAGUGUUCGGUGUGAUUGUGGGCAUUGCCUUGCUUGUAUAUCUGAUAGGAGGUAUUGUAUAUCAGCGCAACGUCAUGCAUCAAAGAGGAUGGAGACAAUUGCCCAACUACGCCGUCUGGGCCGGACUGUUCAGCUUCUUCUCGGACAUGUUUGUCAUUCUCUUCUCCUCAUGCACACAACGAAUGCCAGGAGGAGUGACUCAAUUAUUCGCCGGUCGACGAGGGUAUCAUCGCGUCGGCACCGAUGAACGGGGAUCCGACAGACGAGGGCGUACACCUGACGAUGAAAAUAGACUCAUUGACCAGCUUGAUGAGGAAUGGGAAGAUUGA